AAUUAAAUGAAAAGGGAUAAGGAAUGAUACAAUCUUAGAAUGAAACUAAUCUUAUCAUUCGUUCGUUCGUUAGAAAAGAUUAUAAUCAAAUAAUUACACUUAGAAUUUUUAAGUUAUAUUUCUGAUUUUAUAUCGUGCCAGAUGAAAAAAGAGAAAGAAACUAGGAUAAAUGAAAACUGUAACUCAAAGUCUUUGACGUUAACAAUGAAUCAUAAACUUUAUUAUCAUUAUUGUUGUCAUUAUUAGUAUUAAUAGAUAAAUAAACCUGUAGCUCGAAUCGUCUUAUUGAUCGUCAGGUAAACGUUAAAAGACGCGCGCCUUUGAAUCAGUAAUAGUCAGUUGUACAUCGUUAUUGCUAAUAGUUCACCUAGUUAUUAACAAUUAGAUUGAUUAAAAAAAUGUCUUCCAAAGAAAAUGUUGAUGAAAAAGAAUUAUCGAGAGAUGUUCCCGAUUCGUCUAAAGAUUCAAGCUCAACUGAAGCCAACGAAAUUAAAUCUACUACUUCACCUUCGGUAAAAUCACCCACAAAACAAUAUGCUGUGCAUUACAAUAUGGAAAAACAUGGCCUAGCAAUUAUAUUUAAUCAUGAAACUUUCUGCUUCGGAGAUCUUGAACGACGAACCGGAACUGAUAGAGACAGUACAAAUAUAAAGAGGACAUUACAAUCAUUGGGAUUUGAAGUUCAAGAAUAUAAAGAUUUUACCUACAACAAAAUAGAAGAAACUAUACAAGAAGUUGCUAAGCAAGAUCACACUGAUCAUAGUUGCUUAAUAGUUUGCAUAUUGAGCUAUGGAGAUUUAGGAAUACUUUAUGCUCAUGAUAAAAAAUACAAAGCCAAUUCCAUUUGGUUACAUUUUAUAUCAGACAAAAAUGUUGAAGAAAAAGCCCUUACUCUUACCGGUAAGCCAAAAUUAUUUUUUAUACAAGCCUGUCAAGAAAGGAAGGUAUCCAAGUCAACUACACAACACCUGCGAAGAAGACAAAUAUUCACAGUACCCGAUAGCACCUCUGAGUCAUCUAAAGAAGUAUUCCGUUUACCAAAUCAUGCUGACUUUUUGAUCGCUUAUUCAACAAUUUCAGGUCAUUAUUCGUGGUCAAGAUCGGAAAGUGGAUCAUGGUUUAUAGAAGCAUUGUGCGAGAUAUUAAACCAAUUUGGAACACAAUAUGAUUUGUUAACUCUACUUACUUCGGUCUGUCGUUGUGUUCAACAAAAAUAUGAAAUUAAUACUAAUGAUAAUAUUAAAAGCAUUCAAAAAAAAGAAGUUCCAUACAUUACUUCGAUGUUAACUCGUCUAGUGAAAUUCAAAGCCGUAAACAGUAAUGUUGAAAAUUAAAUGUAAUAAAAUUUGUAUUAUAUAUA